AUGGCCUCACCACAGAAGCUCCGAACUCCCAUCACCGAUCUUUUCAAGAUCAAACAUCCCGUCCUCCUCGCGGGCAUGAACGUCGCUGCUGGUCCCAAGCUUGCCGCCGCUGUCUCCAACGCUGGUGGACUCGGUGUCAUUGGUGGUGUCGGCUAUACUCCUGACAUGCUGCGCGAACAAAUCGCCGAGCUCAAGAGCUACCUCGACGACAAGAACGCUCCCUUCGGUGUCGACCUGCUUCUUCCCCAGGUUGGCGGUAGCGCUCGCAAGACUAACUACGAUUACACCAAGGGUAAGCUCAACGAGCUGGUCGAUAUUAUCAUCGAGGAGGGUGCAAAGCUCUUUGUUUCUGCCGUCGGUGUUCCUCCCAAGGCUGUUGUUGACAAGCUACACGCCAAUGGUAUCGUCUACAUGAACAUGAUCGGCCACGUCAAGCACGUCCAGAAGUGCCUCGACCUCGGUGUCGAUAUCAUCUGCGCCCAGGGUGGUGAGGGUGGUGGCCACACCGGUGAUAUCCCCACAACUGUCCUCAUCCCCGCUGUUGUGGACAUCUGUAAGAAGCACAAGUCCCCUAUCACUGGCGGUCCUGUCCAGGUUAUUGCUGCCGGUGGUAUCCACAACGGCCAGCUCCUCGCCGCCUCCCUUAUGAUGGGUGCCGGUGCUGUCUGGGUAGGAACCCGCUUCAUUCUCACCGAUGAGGCUGGUGCCCCCAAGGCUCACAAGGAAGCCGUUCGCACAUCUGGACAUGACGACAACAUUCGUACCAUCAUCUGGACAGGCCGUCCUAUGCGCGUCCGCAACAACGAUUACAUCAACGACUGGGAGACCAACCGCCAGGCAGAGAUCAAGGAGCUCGUCUCCAAGGGUGUCAUUCCCUACGAGGCCGAUCUUGAUAAGCUUGCCGAAAGCACCAGCGAGAGCGAAAACGACGACGAUGAAGACAUACUUGACAAGUACCGACCUUACCUUAUGGGCAAGUGCGCAGCCGUUGUCAACGAGCAGAAGCCUGCCAAGGCUGUCGUUGAUGAGUUCGUGGACGACGCCGUUGCUUGGUUGCAAAAGGGCAACAAGAUGAUUGCCAAGCUGUAA